CGAUUUAAGUAGGUCAAAGGUAAACUGUCAUGUCCGCUGUGUUGGUAACAUUAGCAAGUUCCUCAGCAUUUACGGCUAUAACAGUGUUUAUGGUUUACAGUGAAUGCUGGUGACAUGCUGCUGAAAGAGAGCAGGCUGUCUGUUUGAAACACGGUUAUUUCAUGAGCGCAGAGUCGCUGUUCGACGCAAAUCCCGCGCUGGAUUGCUGUGGAGGCUUGAAUAACGUGGAUUACAGUCAGAUGGACAUGUCCGUGUUGGAAGAGCUGUGGCGGUUAAUAGACCUGACAGAGCCCCGGUUCUGCGUGGCUGUUAUUGCCAUCAUCUUCAAUCCGUUCUUUUGGAAUGUGGUGGCCAGAUGGGAGCACAGGACCAGAGGUCUGACCCGUCUGUUCGGAGGUCCAUAUGUGGCGUGUUAUGCCCUCGCUGUGCUCAUCCUGCUCCUCAAUGUCUACCGCAGUCACAGUAUUACAGUGGCCAUGAAGGCUCAUCCUCGCUGGGAGCUGCUGGAGAACGCACACAUGUUCUACACAGGAGCAGCUCUCAUGGCGCUGGGAUCGGUGUUUGUGAUCAGCAGCUUCAUGGCUCUGGGCGUCACUGGCACUUUCCUGGGGGACUAUUUUGGCAUCCUCAUGGAUCAGAAGGUGACUGGUUUCCCUUUUAAUGUGAUAGAGAACCCCAUGUACUGGGGCAGCACUGCCAACUACCUGGGCCUGGCGUUAAUGAACGCCAGUCCUGUCGGAGUGAUCCUGACCGCAGUGGUCUACUUGUCCUAUAAAGUAGCUGUUGCAUAUGAAGGACCGUUCACCGAGGAGAUCUACCGGCGGAGGAGCCAGCGCUGCAAGCACAAGUAAAGAUGCUCAGAUUCCUGAUCCACGCUGACGCUGCUCGCUCUGGGUUGGGAAACUGUGGAAGGAGAUGAUUUCAGAGUUAAACACC